CAACAGAGGAAGGACUGAAUAGUGAGAAAUAAUUCAUUAAACAGCGUGAUUUUGUUAAUGCGUUGAAGUUUAUGGUCGUGGUUGAACAGUCGCGAUGUCAAGUUUAGUUUGUCAAUAAAGAGCAUCACGGAUGGAGGAGAAUCCUGAUAGUGAGCAGCAUGAGAAGACCACUGAUGACCCCUCGACCUCUGACAAGGGGACCAAACUGCAGUGUGACUCCCCCCUGGAUGAUCACGACCUACCUUUAAUGCAUUGGGAGGAUUUAAACUUGCGAAUUGCAGAGCUAGAGAGGCAGGAAGAGCAACGAAGGGUAAAAGCAGAGAGUCUGGGUUUACCGGAGCGAGACAGAAUACUUGGUUGCUGGACAGAUUCGAAACACAAUUCACUCCAUAGGGAGCCAUGGCCAGAUGAUGAAGACUAUAGUCCCUGCCGUGUCCCAGUCAUAACGUCACGGUUUAAUAGUCCUAAAAAUCUUCAGCUCUGCUUCAUCAAUAACAGUGAGAGUGAAGGGGAGGAUGACGAAGGGGCAUCAAACAAAGAGAGCUCAUGUGAGACAGAGGUACGUAGGAGUGGCUCUCCAGGGCUUAAACAGGAAGUGAGAACAGCAAUCAGGGCUCUCCGAGACAAGUUAUGGGCCGAACAGAAAGAGAAGGAGGAACCAAGCCACAGUAAGAUGAACAUAAGGAGAAAAAUUCUUAGUCUUAGUGAUCUGCAAACUUGCUCUUUGCUACAGCUAAAUGCGCUCAGGGCCUCACUUAAUGAAGACAUUCAGGAAUUGAGUUCAGAACUGGUGAAACAUCUUGUAAUACGGGACCACCUUCGGAAUAAGCAAGAUGCCUUGCUCAUGGAUGUACAGGAUAUGACAUCUUCGUGAAUGACCCUUGUUUGCAACUCUUUGUAAACUGCAGUUCAACGUUGGCACUUUCUGAAAGCAGUAAUUUACUGUUACUCAUCCUGGGGACUAAUAAAGGCCAGAAUAUCCUGUUUUAAUGCUCACAGUUAUGUGGGUAACAUUGUAUAGAGUCACAAGUUUUAUUGUGAGAAACUUGGCCGUAAUAACAAAACCUAAUGUCUCAUAAUUCAUGGUUUAAUGUUGCUUUCAUACAUAAUGAAUAUAAAAUGCUGUUGUCAAAGCCAUAUGUGAUCAAUAACUGUGAUGUAUUAAUCAUCAACUACUUUAAGCAUUCCUUUGAAAUACAGUAUAAUGUAUGUAACCAUCAUGGGAAUACAAACAGCCUAAAUUAUGCUGUCUGUCAUGAAUGUGCCUUAAAACUCUUAAGUAUUGUACUUAUAUGUGGGAAAGAAGUAUAUCUCAAUGCUAAAUAUUCAUAAUAAUUUAAUAAAUUGUUUAUUUUAUAUGACAUAUUGAGUUGUCUGUUUUUUUUUUUUGUU